CCUGUCAAUGGGAGGUCUGGAGGCGAUUUCUCCCCUCAGCUGAGAAGAGGCGAGGGAGGGGGAGAGAGAAAGAGAGUAUAGAAGUUUGUUCUUCCGCUUUCAGGGUGGGGGAAAGGCGGAGGAGAGAGAGGGGGAGGUGGGUGAAGAGGGAAAGGUGGAGAAAGAGCAAAGCGGAGAGAGAGGGGAAAAACUUCGGCAAGAAAGAGACCGGGAAAACUCCAGGAGAGUUUUAUUUAGUCUGCUCUCCGCCUCUGGCUGCGAGAGACUUGAACCUGUGCGGAUCCGGACUUAGUGCAGAUCCACUGGAUGUGAUUCACUGCCAAAGGUCAGAAAUCUGUGAGGCUCCCCUAUGUCUGACCGCAGAUGAUAGCACAGAGAAGGAGUCGCCUUAUGACACAGACUCGAGCACGUCUGCGCAGGACAUUGAAAAUGGGAUCAACCAGAGUGCCCAGCAAGGAUUCGUACGCUCCAAGAUUAAGGUGACCAUCGGAGAGUGUGCGGCCGAGAGUUAUGCCUGUCACAUGUGCCAGAAGACAUUCCAGUUCCAGCGCAUGCUCAACCGCCACAUGAAGUGCCACAAUGUGGUGAAGCGGCACCUGUGCACCUUCUGCGGGAAAGGCUUCAACGACACGUUCGACCUCAAGAGGCACGUCCGUACGCACACAGGGAUUCGCCCGUACAAGUGCGAGCUGUGCGAGAAGGCUUUCACCCAACGCUGUUCCCUGGAGUCCCACCUGAAGAAGAUCCACGGCAUCCAUCAGGCCUACGCCUACAAGGAGCGGCGGACCAAGCUCUACGUGUGCGAGGACUGCGGCUUCACGGCCGAGAGCCAGGAAGGACACUUUGUCCACGUGAGGGACAGGCACCCGGACAGUCCCUCGCUGCGCAAGAAUGCCAAGAAGGUAGCAGCUCUGCAGUCUAGUCUCGCCUCGUCUUCCUGAUGCGAUCCCUGCUCUCCCCUCCCCUUCAAGGGUGGGGCAGGUGUGAGGUGGGCUUGGUGGGGGAUUGGGGACCAUCCUGGCCUGCCUCAUCACUGUUAUACAACCUGGCUUUGGCCAGUACACUCACAUUGACUGCAGUGUUUCAGCCAGUUGCUUCCCAUCAAUUUCUACCCUAGUGGAGAGAGGCAGAGGGUGCCAGAGGGAAUUGUCUCAGGCAGGACAGACUAAGGGAUCACAUUAUCCACUGAGACUCUAACACGCUGCAGUCCGGAACCGGUCCUGAAGCCGCGGUCAAGAUGCGUCCUGCCAAUCACUUCAGAACCGCAAGGAUUGUAUUGACAUCUCCGAAGCUAUCUCCGGAUUCUCCACGCAUCCACCCCCAGCCUUUGGCACCAUAGCAACAAGAGAAGGUCACUCAGAAUGGCACAUUUGUACUGCUGCUGCUCAAGUAGGCUAGUGAACUUCAUAGGCAUCACUGACCACAGUUGUCCUCUCUUCCCGAGGCCAACUUGCAUUAGGAAUCGUUGGCACGUGGUCACGAUGGACCUGGAGAUACUGACACUUGGUGCUAUCAGCUUUAAGCUUCUGGAGACUUGGAUAGGAUAGAGAGGGGGGGAUGGGGCUGCUGGGGGAACGGAGUCGGGUUGACGCUGCUUGGUAUCUGUGGCAUUAAGCACUUUUAUUUCGGAAGAGAACUGUGAAAAGCAACAUUUAGUUUCUUGCUCUCUUGACAAAAGGUGGAGAAAAGAAUAAUUUUGUGGGGUAGUAUGUAUAAUUUCUUAACUAACUGGACCUUUUAUUGUUCUGAUAUUUGGAAUUGAUUCGCAGAUAAAUUUAGUAUCAAACUUCCUGCUCAGGGACAUUGUGCAACGGGUCUUAUCAACAGGUACAGAAUGUAAAGGCACAUCAGUGGGGUUUCUGGGUGAGAUUCCAAUCAGGGACAGUGUGACUGAGAUACAGAUUAAAGCUGUCUUUGCACUGUAUUAUCAUGCACUCCCAGGGCACAGGUUAGACACUGAGUGAAGCUCCCUCUGCACCAUCCCAUCGCACACUCCCAGGGUCAGACACAGAGUGAAGCUCCCUCUACACUCUCCCGUCACACACUCCCAGGGUCAGACACAGAGUGAAGCUCCCUCUACACUCUCCCGUCACACACUCCCAGGGCAUGGGUUAGACACAGGGUAAAGCUCUCUGAACUGAGCUGUCACACUCUCUCAGGGCAGGGACAGUAUGGGUUAGAUACAGAGUAAAGCUCUCUCUACGUUCUCACGCUUUUCCACGGCAGGGAUAUUAUGGGUCAGAUAUGGAGUAAAGCUCCCUCUACACUGUCCUGUCACACAGUCCCAGGCAACAGGUCAACACAGGUUAGCAAAAAAAAAGCUGUGAAGAAUGAAAAAAUGGCUAAUGUACUGGGUGGAUUAGGUCUUGAUUUGGCAGGUGGGUGGGUGGGGAAUGAACCCAAACAGCCAUCUGAUCUUGCAGGGUUUGGAAAUAACGUAAUGUUCCAUCCCCAUGAGUUGGGGAUAGUCAGUGUGAUGCAAAUACCUGAGGUGCUACAGCCCUAUGAGACCUCCUCAAUCCUUAACCACCAGCCUCUUGUAACCCUGGAGACACAAGAGACUGCAGGUGCUGGAAUCUGGAGCAACACACAAAAAGCUGGAGGAACUCAGCGGGUCAGGCAGCAUCUAAGGAGGGAAAUGGACAGGUGAUGUUUCAGGUUGAGACCCUUCAUCUGGACUGCCUGAAACGUUGACUCCAUAGAUGCUGCCUGACCCACUGAGUUCUUUAAGCCUCUACCUUUAUCAUUCCACCAGUGGGGACCAUGCUUUGAGGACCUUGGGUCUGGAACUCUGAAUUCCCCUCCCCUGCCCCCCCCCCCCCCCCCCAUCACCCUGUCCUCCUUGGAACCCACCUUGCAGUAAUAAUGUGGAUCCAUGUUGUAGUUUUGACAGAGCGCUCCUGCAGGCACAGCUUAUGGUACUUUACUAUUGUUACAGCACUGUAUAAAUUCAAGGUGUACAGGAAAAAUGUUUUGG